AGGGGAGCCACGGCCGGGAGGAUUAGCUGGGGGAUCCCUUGGCGGCGCGGAAAAGGGGGCGGCGAGGAGCGGGGAGAAACCAACCGGCGACCGGGAAAGCGGCACCGGGAGCAGCCAGAUGCGCGGGGACCGGCCGGGAGCUGCCGCGGCGUGAUCCUUGCUGCAGUCUCUUUCAACCCCUUGGACCUGGCCAGGAUCCCACGUGGAACCCAUGAACUUCCCUGACAGAGCCUCACAAUGACAGAGGAAGCAUGCAGGACACGGAGUCAAAAGAGAGCCUUAGAACGUGAGGUCCCUCACAACGAUGUGGACAGCAAGAAGCUGAAAAUGGAGAAAGGACUUUUAGGCACAGAUUUAAAUGCUGAAGGGGACAUGAAAAUCAAAGCAGAGCCUGGAGCUGGCAAAGUGCAAGGCUUGUUGAAAGGUGGAGAGGUGAAAGCAACCAUCAAGGUGGAGGUGCAGACUGGAGAUGAGCCUGUGGACAUGAGUACCUCAAAAGGUGACCUGAAGCGGGAGAAGCGAGUGCCCUCCCCGGACGUCAUCGUGCUGUCGGACAACGAGCCCUCCAGCCCCAGGAUGAAUGGCUUAACCAAGCUGGCACUGAAAGAGACCAACACAGAGGCACUGAUGAAGAGCAGCCCUGAGGAGCGUGAGAGGAUGAUCAAACAGCUCAAGGAGGAGCUACGGUUAGAGGAAGCAAAAUUGGUCCUGUUGAAGAAGCUGAGGCAGAGCCAAAUCCAGAAGGAGACCACUGCCCAGAAGCCUGCUGGUUCCUCUGGGAGUGCUGUGGCCACCCCUCCGCCCUUGGUGCGGGGACCGCAGAGCGUUCCUGCUGGCAAAGCAACCCUCCAGACCUCCUCUACACGUCUCCCAGGCACUGUUAUCCCUCCUCCCUUGGUCCGGGGAGGGCAGCAGAGUUCUUCCAAGCUAGGAAGCCAGCAGAGCACGCAGAUAGUGAUGCCUCCCCUGGUCAGGGGAGCACAGCAAAUCCACAACAUCAGACAGCACUCCAGCACGGGGCCGCCCCCGCUGCUGCUGGCGCCGCGCGCCUCGGUGCCCAGCGUCCAGAUCCAGGGGCAGAGGAUCAUCCAGCAGGGCCUGAUCCGCGUGGCCAACGUCCCCAACACCAGCCUGCUGGUCAACAUCCCACAGGCUUCCCCCACUUCAAUCAAAGGUACCACAGUGACAUCUGCUCAGGCCAACGCCACCACCACCAGCGCCGCUUCCAUCAACUCCACCGAGUCCCCGGCCAGCCGCCAAGCCGCUGCCAAGCUUGCCUUGAGGAAGCAGCUGGAGAAGACACUCUUGGAGAUCCCUCCUCCCAAGCCUCCUGCACCAGAGAUGAACUUCCUGCCCAGUGCAGCUAAUAAUGAAUUUAUUUACUUAGUUGGGUUGGAAGAAGUUGUGCAGAACUUGCUGGAGACUCAAGGCAAAGUCUCCGUUGCUGUCUCCUCCCGGGAGCCCUACCUGUGCGCUCAGUGCAAGACUGACUUCACCUGCCGCUGGAGGGAGGAGAAGAACGGCACCAUCAUGUGCGAGACCUGCAUGACCUCCAACCAGAAGAAGGCCCUGAAGGCCGAGCACACGAACCGGCUGAAGGCUGCCUUCGUCAAGGCGCUGCAGCAGGAGCAGGAGAUCGAGCAGAGGAUACUGCAGCAGGCUGCGUCCCCUGGGCAGACCAAGGCAGACUCCAUCGUGCAGCACCAUUCCCUCAAACAGAGUUCCAGCCAGAUGUCUCGAGGUCCUGGAGCCCCCCGAGGGGUGCUGCAUGCAUUUAGCCAGUCCCCCAAGUUGCAGAACGCCUCUGCAGCAGGCCUGGGGAGCAGGCCAGGGAAGCAUGGCGAGAGAGCUGUCAGCAAGGGCAGUGCUGCUGCCUGGAAGAAGACUCCCAUCAGCACAGGUGGGGCUUUGCCCUUUGUCAAUCCCAGCCUAGCUGUGCACAAAUCCUCCUCGGCAGUCGACCGCCAGCGCGAGUACCUCCUGGAUAUGAUCCCUCCCCGCUCCAUCCCACAGUCUGCCACGUGGAAAUAAUGCAGAGGAACAGCCCAGAGGAGGAAGACUUUCCUGUUUCUGCCAUCCUUUUUAUACCACAGUACAGUGGAAUCUGCUUUAAUCCCAGCUGGAUAUGCCCCAAGGCUUUCUAGGAUGCAAGAAGCCCCACUCCUGACCCCACCGAGCGCCGCUGCCCCCGCGGGUGGGGGACAGACUCCAGCUCCUUUGGCUGAUGGACUGAUGGUGAAGGCUGCCAGGGAAGAGGAAGAAUCCUCUGGUUUCCUUUUGUUUUGCUGGGCUUUACAUAUUUAGUUUGGAAUUAUUCUUACUGGGUUUUUUGUUGUUGUGGAGGGGUGUGGGGGAGGAGGCAGCCAAAGGAAGAGGACCACCCCCAGAUGACUUCUCUGCCUUUGGCUUCCCGAGGACUUCACCACCACAAGGCUCCACUUGGCUGUGGCCUUUGGAUGGCAGUGGGAGAGGAGAGAAAGAGA